AAAAAAUAUCCCAACUGUAAAUAUAACAAAGUGCCAAGUCUAGGACCAAAAAGCUCCUCAACAGCUUCUACCCCCAAGCCAUAAGACUGCUGAACAAUUCAUAAAAUCGCCACCGGACAAUUUACAUUGACCCCAGUCCAUUUUGUACAUUGCUGCUACUCGCUGUUUGUUUGCUACUUAUGCAUAGUCACUUCGCCCCCACCAAUAAGUACAGAUGACCUCAACUAGCCGGUAUCCCCGCACACUGACUCCGUACCGGUGCCCCCUGUUCAUAGCCUCGUUAUUGUUAUUGUUAUCUUUUUGUUAUUACUUUUUAUUUUAGUCUACUUGGUAAAUAUCUUCUUCUUCUUGAACUGUACUGUUGGUUAAGGGCUUGUAAGUAAGCAUUUCACGGUAAAGUCUACACUUUAUUCGGCGCAUGUGACAAAUAAAGUUUGAUUUGAUUUGAACAAAGACAGUCUUAAAUGCAUUUGGAGGUAUGACAGCUAAACUGCCUGAAUAAACUGAAAAACCUAUUGGCCUAUUCUAGAUAAUUGGUAGACAAGACCGUUUGAAUGCAAUAGUUGCGUUAGAAGGGAGAUACAUCCGUUUAAGCCAUAUCCCAUUGCAGAUAAUGCGCGUUGUAGGUUUACCCUGUAAAGCGUCCUGCCUUGGUCGGGUCAAUAAUGUUGCCUUUUUCCCAUACCGUAGCCUGUGUUCAUGUGUCAUCCAGUAGUUCUCUCAGUCUCACGCGUGAUUACCCGAUUUAGUAGCAUCAUCAUCUAAACAGACAAUGCCGGCCCACCCAUCCCAUCCAUCCAUCCAGUCAUGUUCAACCCCGGCAACGUCCAUGGUAUGGUUCGAUUGCCUCACCACCGCUGCUAGAAGCGCGCCGGCGCUAGCGUGCGCCAUGAUUGGCCGCAGUCCCUGUCGGUCAUUUUAGCAUCCCCCUACCGCCCCUCCGCCCUGCACGUCUGUGGUGGCAUCACAGAGCACAGACCGGCAUAUAUGACAUACCAUAAUUCGUGGGGUUUGUGGAUGAAUGGCAGAGCGAGCUAAAAGCAGAGCCUGAGAUACCCUGGACAGCGCACGUUCUGUCUCCUCUAGCCCACCUCUCUCUCUCCAGGGUAACGUGCCUCACAAUCUCAACGCUAUUUGACCUCCGCGGUACAAAUUACAGGGCUUUUUACAUCCAGCAAAAGGAGAUGCCUGCUACAUAAAAGAAACAAGAAUGAGCCAUCAAGAGGGAUAGAGAGCAGUUGCAUCGCAAGGACCAUUUAGAAAGUUUGGACGAGCGGUUAAACGCGCUUUUUUACUUCCUGUUUGAAGACAGAGACUCCAGGGUACGAGGAUGGCUCCUGAUGGACUCAUAUCUCCCCACCCUCUCCCUCACCAUCCUUUACCUCCUCACAGUAUACCUGGGAUCAAAAUACAUGAGGAACAGGCCAGCAUACUCACUCAAGGGUGUCUUACAAGUGUACAACUUCUCUGUGACCAUGCUCUCCCUGUACAUGCUGGUUGAGCUCGUCUCGGCAACCUUGUCGGCAGGCUACCGUCUGCAGUGUCAGGGACUCCACGAGGCAGGGGAGGCGGACCUCAGGGUAGCCAAGGUGCUGUGGUGGUACUACUUCUCCAAGGUGAUUGAGUUCCUGGACACCAUCUUCUUUGUGCUGCGGAAGAAGAACAGCCAGAUCACCUUCCUGCACGUUUAUCACCACGCCUCCAUGUUCAACAUCUGGUGGUGUGUUCUGAACUGGAUCCCCUGUGGACAGAGUUUCUUUGGGCCGACUCUUAACAGUUUCAUCCAUGUGUGUAUGUACUCCUACUAUGGCCUGUCUACAAUACCCUCCAUGCAGAAAUACCUCUGGUGGAAGCGUUACCUGACUCAGGCUCAGUUGAUCCAGUUUAUACUGACCAUCACACACACCCUGUCUGCGAUCGUCGUCCCUUGUGGUUUCCCCGUCGGAUGCCUGCUCUUUCAGUUCUCCUACAUGGCCACCCUCGUCAUCCUUUUUGUCAACUUCUACGUCCAGACCUACAGAAAAAGACGGCCAGAAGAAUCCAUCAAGUCCAGUCGCCCAAAUGGCCACUCUGUCUCCACCAAUGGCACCAGCUUCAAGAAGAGGAAGUAGUAUUUGGACCUGGUUGUCAAGACAACGACCUACUUCAACAACCACCAGAAUCUAUACACGUCGUGACACUACUGCUGAAAUGCUCCAAAACAGGGAUAAGUUUCAGUAUGCAUGUUGCGUUUUUGUAUAGAAUACUUUGUACUUAAUUUUUGUAUAAAAUUCUUUAUUUGGUUUCCUUGGAGCUUGACAACAUAUGUGUAACAUAGUAUACGUACAGGAAUGAUGCGCUCAUUUCCUUUGCACUUUCAAUUGCUGAAAUGCAAGUGUGAAAACUCCAUCCAUUCCUUACCACGCAGUAACCUAUGCAAUUCAUAGUUUAUAUUCUCAUAGUGUUAAAACCUGAAUACAAUCAGCAAUUUCCACAAUACUUUGACAUAAUUUACUUUGCUAUAAAGCCAAACAUUGCUUUAUUGAAUAUAGCCCAUGUGUACAGUGUGUACUCAUCAAAAAUAUCAGUCCAGAGCAUUCACUGAAAUCAUUGUUAAACUAAAGAUGCCUUAGAAACACUGCAGAUCCUUAUACCUGAUGUAUCACAAUGUAUUUGAAUGUCUUCGUUUACGGGUACAAAAUGUGCUGGUAAACAUUUGACUGGGUCUUUAGAAAAAGCAAUAUUGAACAGGCUUUCCUGACGACUUUGGUAGACUUUAUACACUGAGAAAUGGAACCACUGAUCAAUAUCUUUGAAUGGCUAUCAUCAGACAGACAAAAUAAAAGUACUUAAAAAAAAUAAACGAGCAUGGUCUGCCUUGCUCUAUGGUGACGAUCCAUGUCCCUGAAAUUCAUCAGCCAUGAUCUUUUAGCUAUUCAUGUGUUAGCUAUUAACUAUUGAUGUGUUAGCUAUUAACUAUGGAUGUGAUAGCUAUUAGCUAUUGAUGUGUUAGCUAUUAGCUAUGGAUGUGUUAGCUAUUAGCUAUUGAUGUGUUAGAUACUAGCUAUAGAUGUGUUAGCUAUUAACUAUGGAUGUGAUAGCUAUUAGCUAUUGAUGUGUUAGCUAUUAGCUAUGGAUGUGUUAGCUAUUAGCUAUGGAUGUGUUAGCUAUUAGCUAUGGAUGUGUUAGCUAUUAGCUAUUGAUGUGUUAGAUACUAGCUAUAGAUGUGUUAGCUAUUACCUAUUAUUGUGUGUAUUUUGAACAAUGCCAGAAAAAAAGAUGAGCAAGAUUGCUUGUGGGAGAACUGUGAUCACGGUCUAUGAUCCAUUAUGCGUCCAAGGUGGUGGUGGUGGUGAGUGUUUCAACAGGAAGUGGAGGGUCUUGGCCUCUCUUUCCUUUGACACCAACUCAUUGGAGGUUCCUGUGGAGAGGAAGAGAGGAUAAGUAAUCUUUAUUGCAAUCUUAAAAGAGAAAGUUUACUUACUUUAUUUUGGACUUACCUAUGAUGUGGUUGUCGUUACAUAAAAAAUAUUUUAAAAUGA